GGCCGAGGGAGGAGGAGGGCGGCGAUGGGCCCAAUGGCGGCGGCGGCGGCCCUGCUGCGCGGGGUCCGCGGGGUCCUUGGCGGGCCGGGGCUGCGGGCGGGGAGCCGGGCGGCGAGCGGCGGCGGCGGCGGCGGCGGCUCGGGGUCCCGCGAGCAGCUGGACGCGCUGGUGAAGAAGGACAAGGUGGUGGUGUUCCUCAAGGGCACGCCCGAGCAGCCCAUGUGCGGCUUCAGCAACGCCGUGGUGCAGAUCCUCCGCCUCCACGGCGUCAGCGGCUACGCCGCCUACAACGUGCUGGACGAUCCGGACCUGCGGCAAGGGAUCAAAAACUAUUCCAACUGGCCGACCAUCCCUCAAGUGUAUCUGAACGGCGAGUUUGUCGGCGGCUGCGAUAUCCUCCUGCAGAUGCAUCAGAACGGGGACCUGGUGGAAGAGCUCAAAAAGUUGGGCGUUCGCUCUGCCCUCUUAGAUGCAGAGAAAGACCAAGACUCGAAGUGAAGGCCUUACCCGUCCUACCUGAGCAGGAAGCACGGAGACUGUGAGAGAAAGCCCUGUUAGUGUCAAAGACUCAUUACCGAAAAAGCCUUACCGAUUGUUUGGUUGUCGUUCUCGUUCUCAAGAAGGCGACUCUUUGAACUGACCCUAAGGUUUGGAGCAGCGUCGGGUGGGUCGGGUUUCAGUCUGGCGAUGGGGGCUCGAGGACGUUCAACCGCCGUAACGGCUGCGGCGAUCCGAAAUCGUGGCGCGACACUGAUGUGAACCUGCCGUAUUUCUUGUACCCUCAUUUACUCUUUGCCGAUGCGGGAGUAAAGCAAACAAAUAUGA